UCAAUCUACUGAAUAAAUCACCAAUAGUAAUAAGCAAACACAUGAUGAUGAUUUAUUUGCUAAAAAAUAGAUCACCAUUAUAUCUAAUUGGUUGGUGGUGGUAUUUAUUUUUGACGAUAUUUCAACAAAAUUUUCAACCAUCAUUAAUGUUAUUACAACAAGGUAGUCUUAAACAACCAGUUUUUAUUAUUGGACACGAUAAAGGGGAUUGCGAUGUAUUGGCACCAUCACAUGGCAAUUAUUCAGUAUCUGUAUCGCCACAUAAAAUUGAUUUUGAAUGUUCAAUAUAUUUAUGGUCACCGCCAGAAUAUUUGAUUGAAAUUGAAUUUCUACAUCAUAAUACACCGUGUGAUAAUAAUAAUAAUUACAUUUCCGUACAUGAUUAUUGGUCAUGGUAUGAACAGGUGUUUCCGGUGAACAGUAAAAUCAAUACUGAACAGGAUCGAUUAUGUAAUGAUAAUAAAGAGAAUCGAAAAAUAUUUCGUUCAUCACAAAAUGGUGCAAUGAUAAAAUAUCGUUUUAAUAGAAGAGAUAUUGGUCAAUUUCAUUUUGCCAUGCGUUUCAUACCGAAUAAUGAACCAUGUACAAUAUUUAUUGCUGGUUCAGAAACAACACGUGGUAGUUAUCAUAUAGAAAAUAAAAAAGCAAAAGAAACUUGUGCCUUAUAUAUAAUACAAUCACCUAGAUGGAAUAAAGCCGGUUUCAAAGGUAUGAUGAUAAAAAUCGAUCAAAUGAAUGCUGGUGAUUCAGAUGCAAUGAUUCAUGCACCAUAUCCAGUUUAUUGUUCAAUUUUAAAUCGUGGUGUACAAAAUUUUGUUGAAAUCGGUGGCUAUGGUGCUGCAUUAUCUGGUUAUAGUACUAAACAUAUGCAAGCAUGGAUGGAAACUUGUAAUGAACAUUUUUAUGAAGAUACCAUUUAUGUAUUAUGUCCAAAUGUUGUUGUUCGAUUGUUUUCAACACGUGAAAGACAGCAUAUAAAAUUCACUUAUGAAGCAUUGACAGCUACAUCAUUUAUGAGCACUAAAUUUAUGAUGAAAAGACGGGCAUAUAAAUUGGAAUGUUUAGCCGAAUCGAUUAAUUUUCCACAAGUUCCUGUUGCAUUACAACUUGCUGAUGAUAUAAGCUGUAGUUAUCUGGUAGAGAAUCAGGGCUAUCAUUUAUUAAUGAUGAGUCAAGUAAAUGUUGAUAGAAAAUGUAAAAUUCUAAUUCAUGCACCAAUCGAACAUAGUAUACAUAUCAAAAUGGUUGAAUUGAAUAUCAAUAAACAAGGUGAUUGUUAUGAUUAUUUUAAUAUUGAUUUCGUUCAAGCAAAUGAUGGUUGGAUACAUAAUCGAGAAACAAUACCAAAUAUAGAUCUUAAAUCAAUAGCACAUGAUGAGAAGACAACAUUACCAAAUAAACCAUUAUGUGUAAAAGGUGGUAAUAGAGAAUUUGAAUCAUCACAGAAUAUUGCCGAAAUUGAUUUCUAUCUACCAGACACUGGAUACGGUAAAACUGGAUCACCAAUAAUGGCUGGUUUUGCAUUUACAGUGAAAUUUGUAUUUGAACCGAAUGUAUGUGAUGAUGUAUAUCUUAUCAAUACAAAAGAACGUUACACAACCGAUAGAUUAAUAUUUCAAGAUUAUCGAUCAUCAAAACAAUGUACAUUUUAUUUUAUAAAAUUACCAUGGUUACAAACAAAUCUAGAAGGUUUUCGAUUUUAUUUUUAUAAAUAUUCUAUUGGUCAGCCUAAGCGAGAAUUAUCAAGAUUUGAAAAAAGAUCAAAAGCUAAUGAGACAGAUAGAUGUACUAACUCCGGUAGUAAAAAUGAUUUACUUCGGAUUGAAGGUGGUAAAAAAUUUGGUCUUACCUCGAAAUUAAAUCCACAUGGUAUUGAACUUUGUAGUUCAAUGGGUAUUGCACCACCGUAUAUAAUGACCAUAAUGUGUCCAAGUGUUGGUCUUACAUUAUAUUCAAGUUUAAAUUAUUAUAAUUUUAUGGUAUUCGAUGCUACAACACUAUGGACUGGUGAUUUAGUCGGCAGUCAAACAAAUGAAGAUGUUGCUUAUUGUGAAAAUAAACCUUUAGAAACAUCUGGAAUGCCAUUAUCAUUAGAUUAUCAAGAAUGUGAACAAACACUUACAGAACCUGGUUAUUAUUCGCUUGGUGUUGUAUUGAAAACUUAUGAAAAACAUUGUUAUCUAUUUAUACGGGCACCAAAAAAUUUACAAACAAUUGAAAUUGAAAUUACUAGUGCAAAAUUUGUUUGUAAUGAUGAUGAUGAUAAUUAUUUACGUAUUUAUGAUGGUUGGCGUUAUAAAAAUGGUUUACAAAUGCCAAGAGUAUUUAAUUCAACGCGAACAUUGGAACAACGUAUACAUAAAAUGUGUAAGAAAAAACAUGUAAAAAUAACAUUAUCACAGAAUUUUGGACAAAUUGAAUAUCGUAUCAUUAGAAAAGGAUGGGGACAUGAUUUUAAAUUUAAAGUUUCAUUUAAAUAUAAUCCUGAACCUUGUGAUCAAGUAUAUUUGAUUGAUGAAUUUUAUGCUAAAAAAACGCAUAUAAAUUUCACAAUGAUUAAUAAUAAUAUAAUUCAUGGACUAACUUGUACAUGUUAUAUAAUGCAUGUACCAUGGAUACCAUAUCCGAAUAAUGUUGUUGAAUCAUAUGAAUAUAGUGGAUUAGAUAUACAAUUUGGAAGAUAUGAAUUACCGGAUAAAUCUAAAUUUCAAUUAUUUAAUUGCAGAUAAUUCGUGUUCAUCGAAUGGUGCAAAAUUUUUUAUGAGAUUUAUUGGCAGUCAUCAAGCCAUAGAUUUUUUCCGUACACCAGAUUUACGUGGUUAUGAAGUUUGUGGUAAUCAAAACGACCGAUUUAUCGUAAAACUUGAAUGGUGUUGGAAUUUUGGCAUAGAAUUAAUAUCAUCAGGUAAUGGCGUUGGUCACGAAGUAGAACGUUCAAUUAUUGAAGCCACUGUUCAUCCAUUAAAAUCAAAAGAACUAAUACCAUUAGAAAGUGAUUAUCCACGUUCAUGGGAAUUUCUGAAACCAUAUCCAGCAUUAUGUAAACGUCCAGAAUUCUAUGAUGCAUAAUAUGUAAAAAACACACACAGGGAGAAGGUUUUUUUUUGCAAGAUAAACAAAACAACGACAACAACAACUUUGUGUGUGUGUGUGUGUGUGUGUGUGUGUGUGUGUUUGUGACUGUAAACUAAUUUUAAUUCUAAUUGAAUUUAAAAUUUUGUUGUUGUGUGUUGUUAUUAUAUUGUUAUAUUUCGAAAAAAAGUGAAUA